AAACAACAACAACACUUUAUUGACUUGGGUUUAAAUUCUAAAUGUGUUAACAAAAGGGUGAACCCCAUUCAAUACAAUGGAACUUGCUUUGGAGUAAACAUUAAUAGGACAACAUAGUUAGGAAACAUUUUUUACAUGAUAAGCAAGGCAGAGAUAUUCAUGCCACAUAUUUCCCUCGCUGUGCCCCCCUGGUGGAGCAUGAUUGUGCCUUUUUGGGUGGUUUCUUCAGCUAUUUAUAGGGCAUAGGGCUCUGUUGCAUAAUCAUUGGUUCUGCCAUUCUGCAGGUUAACCGUGAUUUGGAGGAAGAUGGUAAUGCUAGAUACAUUGGUUUGUAAAAAGCUAAAAUCAGUUAUUUGUUUAGUAUUGAAUUUAAUGUUGAUAUUGUGGUUGGCAUCCACAUAAUUUAUUUAUUUAUUUCUGGAGGAAGGGAGGAAUGUUAAACACUGAAAUGGUAAGCUGGUUAGUUUAUCACCACACAGAAGGCAGAAUUAGCACAUGAACAUUUUGCUUCUUAACUCAGGUUCUAAAAAAACUAGAAACUUACUUUAAAGAAAAAGAAAAAGAAAAGCUAUGGAUAUGAACCCGUUGUUCAUCCAAGGGGGGGGGAGUACUGUCCCCCUCAUCCUGUGGACACCCAUGGCUUAUAUUUGCUAAAGCACCUAGGCAGGUGGAUGCUUCUUGCUGUACUAUUAUAGUAGUCCACUGAAGCUAUAAUUAAUUUUCCCUAGGACGGAGUACAUAAGCCAAUAGAGUAAGAUGCUGCCUGUUCUCUGUGUCAGAUUUAAUACCUUAUGUAUAUUUGUUAAAUGUUAUUCAUAAUGAAACACUAUUGCUCUCUGAUGAUAGAAUAGGGGAAACAGAAACAGGAAGGUUUCAUAAAAUACGGAUUUAGAGGUUUUUUCCUUUGACACUCAUGCAGAGUGUUGGAACUCCAAAUUUAUUCUGUGCCACCCAAUGAUGUAAGGCACAGGAAUGCAAUUUCACCUCUAGACUGCAGUGUUCAAUCAAGCUGGUAUUCAAAAUCAGAUUGCAGAUCUCCCCAAACAAGCAGGUGUCUUCAUGAUGUACUUAACCUCUGCAUUCCCUAACCAUUCCACAGCACAACAGAUUUGUUUCCCCCUUUCAGCAUCCUUUUUCGUUGUAGUCGCAUGGGGUGGUGUAACAUACAGCUAAUAUUAUGUUUCUAUGUAGUGGAUAAGAGAUUUGAAGGAUUUAAAUAUUUUUUAAUGUAUUUAUGUGUUAGCUUUGCAUCGAAAUAAUCCACAAGUACCAUUUUAAUUCCAAAAACUGUAUUAGUCUUUUCACAUUUUGGUCCUUUUUUGAUUCAGCUGGUAAAUUUGCAAUAUACGUAUUCAGGGAGCAGGUUUGGUGAAAACUGAAAUGUUAGAUUUCAUAGAUACCUUUGUGUUCACUUGUAUAUGUGUGUGUAUGUGCAUGCACACACACAACUGCAAGAUUCCUAUCACUAUUUCUGAAUUGAAUUGUGAUUAUGUGUUUAGAAAUCCUUUUAAGCCAAAUACAUGGUAGUGUAUGUGAGGGAGAAGUAUCUAUCACAGUAUUGCAGCACUCACAGCUACAUGCAUCUGGGCUUUCCCACUUUGGUAGCAAAUAGGGGGAAUUAUAGGUUCAUGGUCUGCUUCAUUUAGGAAGACACCCCUCCAUCUGUUCGCAGUGCAGCCUGUUUCCAAUUUAAAGCACAGAUUUCAAUGCAAACAUCAGUUUCUCUCCCCCCUGUUUUAUAUGCAAAGUGAGCCUUACGAAUCACAGUGACACUGCUGCAGGGACCCCAACCAAAAUUCCCUCCCCAAAUUCACAUGCUUUUCAUUUGAAUACCUGCUUACAGUGGUAUACAAUGGACAGCUCUGAGAAGAAAAAUUGAUAAUCUUCACUGGAGAGUAAUUUGAAUGAAAUUACACUUGACAGCCUGUCUCCAAGCAAGGAAGGAGAGUGAGGGGAGCCUUAGCUAAGCUCCGAAGACCUGCAUAAGCCAGUGCUGUUGGAGCUUCCCGGGAAAAAUAAAUCUACAGUUUUCCCUACAUUUGAGGGAGGCUUUUGAUUAAACCUGUGCAGCAGUAUCUAGUGAAGAAAGGUAGCCAUGGAAGAAAAUAUGGAAGAGGGACAGACACAAAAAGAUAUGGGCAGUAGGACAGGGAGAGAGGAAGAAAUCUGCUUGGUUAACAUGCACCUCACUUGUCAUCAUUUAGGGUGCUUUGAAUGCUGCAUCAAGUGCUUGGGGGGCAUUCCCUAUGCCUCCUUGAUUGCCACCAUCCUGCUGUAUGCUGGGGUUGCCCUCUUCUGUGGCUGUGGCCAUGAAGCACUCUCGGGAACUGUCAACAUUCUUCAGACCUACUUUGAACUGGCAAGAGCUCCUGGGGACACUAUUGAUGUCUUUACCAUGAUUGACAUCUUCAAAUAUGUGAUCUACGGGGUAGCAGCUGCCUUCUUUGUCUAUGGCAUUUUGCUUAUGGUGGAAGGAUUCUUUACAACUGGUGCCAUCAAGGAUCUCUAUGGGGAUUUCAAAAUCACCACCUGCGGCAGAUGUGUCAGUGCUUGGUUUAUCAUGCUGACAUAUAUCUUCAUGCUGGCCUGGUUGGGUGUUACAGCGUUCACCUCUCUGCCUGUUUACAUGUACUUCAACAUGUGGACUAUUUGCAAAAACACCACCCUAGUGGAAGGGGCAAACCUCUGCUUGGACCUCCGUCAAUUUGGAAUUGUAACAAUUGGAGAAGAAAAGAAGAUUUGCACAAUGUCUGAAAAUUUCAUCAGGAUGUGUGAAUCUACUGAGCUGAACAUGACAUUCCAUUUGUUUAUUGUGGCACUUGCUGGGGCUGGAGCCGCAGUCAUCGCUAUGGUUCACUACCUUAUGGUUCUGUCCGCCAACUGGGCCUAUGUGAAAGAUGCUUGCAGAAUGCAGAAAUAUGAGGAUAUUAAGUCAAAGGAAGAGCAAGAGCUCCACGACAUUCAUUCUACCCGCUCUAAAGAGCGACUCAAUGCAUACACAUAAGAAAAAACCUUGUCUUACUUUCUACCAUUGAAUGAUUUGUUGUUUAACUAAAGGCCAGAAUAAUAAUAAUAAUUUAUUAUUUAUACCCCGCCCAUCUGGCCGGGUUCCCCCAGCCACUCUGGGCGGCUUCCAACAAAACAGAAAUUCUAAAAUACAUCUAUCCAUUUUAAAAAAAUAAAUAUGAAAAGUGCUUCUCACAAAAGAUAGCUAGGGUGACAUCUACAUCACCCCUGUACAAAUUCUUGGUUGUCUAGCACUUGGUUUUCCUAAUUAGUUAAUAGCUUGUGUGAUCAGUCUCUACUACAAAGCUCCCGAAACAGCCCUUUCCUGAAUCCUAAAGUGAUUAUUUUCUGUUAGAUCAAGAAUACUAACUACUGUCAAAUACGGAGAUGUGUUUGAUUUUUUUAAAAUCACUUUGUAUGUGUUAUGCAUAACACCUUUUUGCAUUGUUUCUUAUAUGUUUUUGAAAAGGAAAAAAAGAAGCUUUUUAUACUUUUUAGUUUGGAUUUUGGUAAGUACUUUAACUACAGGUAUACUUCAAAGGGACCACGGUACAACACGUACAAUUUCUCGAGGAGGCACACUGCUGACAUUCCUUCAGAUUUGGAAAUCUCGCCAGGUGGACCAGUGGGCAUCUUGACAGAGGGGUCCUGAGAACAUUUUAAACAAUCAAAGGUGCAAUUUCUAAAUUUGUAAGAGUAGGUAAAAAACUAAACAAAAAGAAGUGCUUCUUAUCUUUGUUAACAUUGUAUGAUUCUUCUUCAUGUACUUAACAGAGUAUUCUUCUCUCUUAUCAAAGUUCCAUUGGUGGCUAUUCAUGUUUAUAUUGUGAGCAUGCAAACCGUGGUGCUUGUAAUGCAUGGCCAUGUGUCUUUUUUUAAAGCGUAUGAUACCGCGGUUACCUUCUAAGAGUCGCAGUGUAUAGAACCAAUGUUACAUACAGCUAUGCGUAGGUUUCUGCAGAAUGAUCACUGUAAUCCCACAACGGUUAUGCUGAAUUGAAGCUGUUCAUGUGCCGAUGUGAGCAAUUGCUGCUUAGCUACAUUUAUGAAAGUGAUAUAUCUAUAAUACAGCAACCUCUUAAGAGUCAGAAGUCUUUUUACCUGCUUUAAAAAUUUAAGUGGAUUGCACCUGUCUGAACUAUACAUAUACUGUAUGUGAUAUAUUUAAAGGAGGCUUCCAUAAAUGUAAUAGCUUGGCUUGUAGCUUUCCUACACACAUACUGGUUUACCUGUCUUAUGUUAAAGUGAGGUUAAUGGCUGCUACUGGACCUAUUGUUUGGAAGUGUUAGUAAUAUAUCUGAACCUUUAUUUUGAGGAAGAAAAUAUUAAGAGAAAAGUCAGUAAUGUUGAUCUGAAAGAAGUACCUGUAUUUAAAAAAAGAAAAAAAGAAAAACCAUACAAAAAAGGGGGGGG